AUGAACUCUUUCAGAUUGUUACUCUUAGGGGCACCUGGUUCAGGAAAAGGUACAAUUACAAAAAAAUUGAAAAAUGUUGUACCAAAUUUACAAUCUAUUGCAUCAGGAGAUUUAUUACGUCGAGAGAUUCAAGAAAAGACUAGUCUAGGACAAAUUGCCUCAAAAUAUAUCUCUCAGGGGAAGCUAAUACCUGAUGAUCUAAUAAUUUCAUUAGUAGCUAACCAUAUAGGUACUUUAUCACACAGUACUGCCACGCCAACAACAUCUUGGUUGUUGGAUGGGUUCCCCAGAACUUUACGACAAGCUAUUGCAUUAGAUAAUAUCUUAAAGCCAAGACAUCAAAACUUAACAAAGGUGAUUGAGUUGAAAGUUCCAGAAUCUGCAAUCCUUGGCAGAAUAGAAACUAGGUAUGUUCAUAUUCCUAGUGGGAGAAUCUAUAAUUUAUCAUAUAAUCCACCAAAGGUUCCAGGGUUUGAUGAUGUCACUGGGGAACCAUUGGUAAAACGUUCUGAUGACAACGAAGAAACAAUUGUUAAAAGAUUGAAGGAUUAUAACAAUAUGGUGAAACCUUUGAGACAAUUUUACAAAGAUGAGGGCAUACUCACCACGGUUCAUGGUGAUACAUCUGACUUUAUCUUUCCUCAAGUAUUGCAAACUCUCGAGGAUCACGUAUGA